AUGUCCGAGGCAAACGCAGGGAACAAGGUCGGACAGGGCAUCGGCGACGCCGUGAAGGGCGUCUUCAACACGGGUCACGGCAUCGGCGAGGUGAUCCGAGGCAACAUCAACCAGGGCGUCGACAACGCCGGAGAGGGGCUGCGGCAAGGCACCUCCAACACCAACGAGACCGGCACCGGCACCGGCACCGGCACCGGCACCGCCACGGCUGGCGGUGCUGCAGGCACCCACCCGGACGUCGCAGCCAAGUCGCGGCAGCACGAGGAUGUGGCCAACAAGGGCCUCGAGGAGAUCGAAGAAGGGGUGGGACCAGAUCGACCGGCCAGAGCCACCGCGUGA